AGCCUACAGGAUCAUUGUCCAUUUCUAGACUAGCAUGCUGUUUCCGAAGCAUGCUGUAAAACUGAUCUGGAAUUCAUUCUGUUCCUUGUGAUUCCUGCUUAGCACAAUCGCUAUUUUUUUUUUCUAGAGCUUCCCUUGUGUUUUAAGAUCCAGAGUUCUUGUUUCUUUGCCAGUUUUGGUUGCUUUGCUACUGCAAGGUAUAAAGUAUUUUCUUCUGCUUUUUCCUGAAGAAGGGAACAUUUUAGUCUCAAAGCCAGAUUUAAUGGAUCUAGGUCUAAGGUGUAAAGUAUCUAAGGGGAAGGAAAUAUUACUACCUAAGAGUUAAGACUGAAUCUCAAGUUAAAUAUAAGUUCUGGAUAAUUACAGCUCUAUUUUUAACAAAGUGUUUGGCCUUGCAUAAGAUUCAGUUCUAAAUUCAAGUUUCUACUUGCACACAAUAACUUUGCUCAACAGCUACUGGGAAAUUUAAGUUCUUUUGCCAUCCAUCCUCUCAAGGACAGAUUUUGCUGGCUGUUUUUCAUGGAGAAAGACCAAGGAGAAAUGGAGAUUGAGAGAUGGGAAAGAAGCGAAGAGCUGUCAGAUGCCGAAAGGAAGGUGAUUCAAGAGACGUGGAACAGAGUCUAUGCGAACUGCGAGGAUGUUGGGGUCUCCAUUCUGAUCAGAUUUUUUGUCAACUUCCCAUCUGCCAAGCAGUACUUCAGCCAGUUCAAGCACAUGGAAGAUCCACUAGAGAUGGAAAGAAGCCUGCAGCUGCGGAAACAUGCCAGGAGGGUUAUGGGGGCUAUUAAUAGCGUGGUGGAGAACAUAUAUGAUUCAGAAAAGGUCUCUUCUGUGCUAGCUCUGGUGGGCAAGGCACAUGCGGUCAAGCACAAAGUCGACCCUGUCUACUUCAAGAUUCUGACUGGCAUCAUACUGGAAGUGCUUGUGGAAGAGUACACCAAUGAGUUCAGUGCUCCAGAGGUUCAGAGAGCCUGGGCCAAGAUGAGGAGCCUCAUCUACACUCAUGUGACGGCUGCAUACAAGGAGGAACCCCCAGGUGACAGCGGUGGCAGCAGCAGCUGGAGCAGCAGCAAAGUGGCAGAACCCCUCCCACAGACCUGAAAUGUCGUCUCUCAGAAGACUAAACUGGCACCGGAAAAGGAUAGCACCCAAGAGAACUACAUCUGUCUCCUUUAAUUAUCCCGUGUACAUAUUAGUCAGUGGAAAUGCUUUAUAAUUUCUAUAGCUAAGGCCAGCUAAGCUAUAGAAGACCAGGUGUGCAUAAACACUCUCCCUGAAGUUAGCCAGGCAAAUUCAAAUCAUGUACACUGUGACGGGGGGAGGGAAUGUAUUGAAUUUCCCCAGAGGAAAACAAAAAUUAUAUAGAUCUUGACUGUUAUGAUUCAUCCACAUUGAUACCUCUGGAGACUUACUGUUUUUGUCUGUCUUGAAGAGGACUUUUCAUCAAAUGGCAUUGAAUUGAUACGUUUCCAUCUUUUGUACUAAGGUGAGAAUGUACAAGUUCCAAUAUUUGAUUUCUGCAAGUACUUUUGUGCCCAUAUAUCACUGAUGACUAUGUGAGUGUCCUUGCUUCCCCACCCCCCAAAAUACUAGUGAUGUGUGCAUAAGUGCUUGCAGGAUUUCAUUUCCGCAUGAUACAUUCUGACCAUGUCCUUAAAAAGACAUUUGAUCUCAAUACAUUUAGUCUAGAUUUCAAAAUCUGCACCGUGAGACGAGGCUUAGUCUUGUCUUCUCAUUUACGCUUUUCUCUCCUGCUAUCUCCUCUGGACUGGAGUUUCUCUGGAAUUAUAUGAAUUGUGCUUGCAGUCCUCACUGUUCUUAGUUUUGUAUUCCAUUACAAUGUUUUUUUCCCCUUUUACAAAACUAACUUUAGAAGUCUUGCGAUUGUAGAAGAUUUAGCCAAAGUUUGAAUACAUAAAACACCUGAAACCAAAAAAUGAUGUAUUAAAAGAACAAAUCAAUAUAUUAAUUUAUAGCUAUUUCAUGAUGCCUAAGAAAUUCUCUGUGUGGGUUGAGUUGAAUCAUUUCAUCCAGUCCUACAUAUGUGUUGGCUUUCUGAGGUCUUAUUGGGCUUCUUACAAAAAGGUGGACGUGGAAGGACAUUCUUCGUUAGAUCUCAUCUCUUGUAACAGAAUAAAUCCCAUGUAAGUGAAUGAGAUUUAUGUAGGUCUAACUGUACAUAGGUUUAUUGCUGUGGAGUUGGCAAUAUUGUGCCCAGAUAGGUUUGGGAUAACAAUCCUUUUUUUUAAUCUUUCCUUUUUUAACGCUUUCCUUCAAAUUCCUGUAAUUAGAUCUGAAAGGAUUUCUGAUAGGAUUUUUGUGUUCACAUGACCACCAAUCAACUCCAGCAAGUAGCACUGCUACCUAAGUAGAAGGGGAAAAUCUGACCGUUGGCUGACUUGGCUGUUCAUUUAAUAGAGAACAGAUUUGGAAAAAUCAGAAGGGAAUCCUUCAUGACAUGGAAAUAAGGAAUCAGCCAAUCUGCCAUUAAAAUAUAAGAAUCUAGACUGGUUACAAAAUAUGACAGUUCUAAUGCUUAUAAAUACACAUUUUUUCCUGCUAAAAGGGACUCUACUACUACUAAAUUUCACCACAUUCCUCAAAAAAUAUGACCUUAAAUUCUGAAAGUCAUCUACAAUAACACCAUGAUCCCAUAUCACAAUCUAAAUGUAUUUUGAAAUUCAUUUUCAAAGUACGAUGAUAUUUCUGGAAGGAAAAUACGUGCACAUUAAUUUAUCCCUGAAGCAAUAUGUUAGCCCUUAAAAAUUUGGAGCUAUAUUAUUUCAAUCCAUAACAAUUUGUCUUCUAUCUCUCUCCCUCUCUCCAUCUCUCUCUCUCUCUCACACACACACACACACACACAUACAUGCACACACACACACACACACACACACACACACACACACACAUACGAUGGUGGGAAAAUCCUGACCGUUACGUUGCAUACAUAGACUAAAUUACUUUAGUGAAUACUCUCGGUGUGGGUGUGUAUGUACAUACACACAAACCAGACAGUUUUGACUAAAGUAAUUUUAUUAUCAAUGAAAAAGGGAUAGCCAAGCAAGAAUGCAAAAGAAAAGCAAAAACACAGCAUAAUCUUGCCUAUAGCAAGCUGGUGAUGGAAAUAUAAAAUGAACUGAAAAACUCAAAGCUUGUGCAGGUCAAAGGCAAAGUAAGAGUAGAAUGGCCUUGGCUAGCCAGGGCCCUACCAAUGUGAUGGGUUACAAUUCCCAUUGGCUAUGCUGGAAGGGGUGAUCAGAGUUGUUUAGCACAGCUGGAAGGUACCUGGCUAUGACAGUACUUAUAGCUCUUUACUGACUCUCCUUCAUUUCAUUCCCAAUUCUUCCAAACUUUGAAUUGUAGGGUCCUUGGGAGCAAAAAGCAGUUUCUCAUGGGGAUUAUCUGUUAAACAGCCAUGCACAAGAAUACGGCACUGUAUAAAAUAAUAAAUAUUAAUACAUAUAAUUUAAUAUUGUAUUUUAUAAAAUGGGCUUCUGGUGCUAUGAACAGUGAUUUGUGAAUGUUUUCCUCCUUAUCGUACUAAGUCCUCUUGUUUAUUACCCAACGUACUGGCUGAACCCUGUUGUAAUUUUCCUCUGUAUUAUUUGUAUGACUUCUGUAUGCUGCCAAUAUAUUGUCGUGAUUUUGUUUAAUCUUUAUACAUCAGUUCCUUGUUAUAAGUGUUACCAUUCUGUGUUGUCUCCAUAGAAAAUAGAAAAUCAUCUAUGGCAGGAUAGGUUAAUCCAGAGGUAAGCAAUAUGGAUCCUUCUGGAUGUUUUGGAUUAUAACUCACAAUGUCCUUGCCAUUGACCAUGCUACUUGGGGCUGAUAGAAAUUGAAGUUCAGUACAUUUAGGGAUCAACACACUAUAUCCCUUUGGACUAUCCAAGAGUGAUCAAUUAAUAUUUUAUUAUUGUUAAUUCUACAGCAGACCAGUCUCAGACUUGUAGAUAUUCUAAUGCUCAAAAUAAACUUAUAGAUUCAGGAUUUUAUAUUGCCCUAACUCUUCCCCUAUGUACUUACAUAGAGCUGUGAUUUCCUUUAUAUGCUAAACUCCUACAACGCAUGCCUUCAUUUGCAAAAACAUGCUUUUUGCAAGUGUGUAUUCCACUUUAAGGCCGUUAAAAACAUGUUAAAUGAAUGCAAGUUUACACACCAAGUGUGCUCCUCUACGAGGCCUGUCCACCACUUAUGUGUCUGCUAGUUUUUAAUCCUGCUUUUGCUAUAGCAAGAGCUGUAGUACGUGGGAAAGUAUAAUCAUGUAGCUGCAUGUUUAAUCUCCUAUGCCAAGAAAAGGAGAGCCACAAGGCAGAUCAGUCAGCUUCUAGUUUAUAGCAUGUGGAUGGAAGCUUGUGAGGCAAAAUAAUGGACUCUGUUAGUCUAGCUCAGAGUCAGCCCUCCCAGGUAAACCAGACAGGAAACGCAACCAGAUGAGCUCAUUCUAUUUUAUUGUAAGGCUACAUUAACAAGACUUUGCAAAGUGCAAACCUCCCACUGUCACUUUUAACAGCCUGUUACAUUAGGGCAGAUUCUUUUUAACUUUCUUUCUUUGCCCUUUAAGGCCUUUAAGCAGUUGCAGGCUCCUCCCCUUUUUAUCUGAUCAUUACCUUGGUAGCAUCUCUUCCCCUUGUCUCGCGAGGUCAUUCUCACAUGCCGUUACAUCCAGUGCUUCCCGAACAUGUUCCUUCAUAGCCCAAAAUCACUUAUUAAAAAGUGUUAUCAAAAUCUGAGAACCAGUCAUAAGUCCUCUUCCUUCAGCACCAUCAUAACUUCAAACAGCCGCUGAACAAAUGGCUGUAAUUUGAGGACUACCUGUAUCAUAAAAAUAUCAUCGCAUGAUCGUUCAACAAACUACCAUUGAUAAUUUCCUCGAUUUUUAUCUUAAUAAGAAAACUUUGGGAGAUUUUCAAAUAUGUUAUGUGUGGCAAUCUUUAAGUCAAUUUAAAUGUCCCUGUUGUGAUGGGCAAUGGUUUCAUGUGCCAUUACCCAAAGAAAACCCACUUUUAGCCAAUGUGGGGUAAUUUAUCCAGAUUUGGGAAGCACUGGCCUAAUCCAAUAUUUCAUCCAGCUACUGCAAGUAACAAAGCACAGGCAAUUGGGAGCAAACAUGGGCAGUCUAAGGCUGUAGAAGUUGUGUAUAUCUACUCAAAUAAUUGCUUUUGCAGCGAUUAUUGGAACACAGCAGCUGAAGAUCAGUGGUACCAUUUAUAGAUAGAAAAUCAGUAUAAAAUAGGUUUCUAAGGCCCUGCCCACUUUGCAUCAGCACAUUUCCUACUGUGACUUUUAUCUCUUCAAACAAUAAUUAGUUUCGUCAGCAGCCAUCCAAAGAUUAUCUAGUUUUGGUCUGGAGCAUAUCUAUAUGGAUUAAUUGACUCCCUCACUGCAAGGAAUUUGAGAGGUAUAGUUUUGGACAGAGUGGGCAUUGUUUGUUUUAGAAUCCUUAGUAUCCUUACAAAACUACAUUUCCCAGGAUUGUAAGUAUAGAGCAGGAGGACUGGCAUAAAGUGCAAAAUAAAUAACAAUAAAAAUAUCAUUAAUUCCCCAACUAUUAUUAAUAGAAAUUAGUAUUAGCAUUAUUUGGUGGGAAGAAAAGCCAUGACUAUUGAAUUCUAUAUGUAGAAAUCCCUUUAAUAUGUUUUGCCUUUUUUAUUUAGCUCAUAACACUUUCACAGCCCUUCUUCAGUGAUGUCAUAAUGGUAUCUCCAUUCUCACUGGAGGCAAGGGAUGACCAUAUUCCUGAGCGGGAAUAAACUGCCUCUUCCAAAAUUAACAAAUACAUAAGAGAAAUAAUAAGAUGAAGCUAGUAUAGCAUGGGUUUUUGAGUCACACAAUAAUUUGUGUUCUCCAAUAUAAAGUCCUCCAAAUAUGUUGGAUUACAGCUUUCAUGGGCCAAGCUUGCCAAGCAUGAUGUAAUCCAACACAUCUAGAUAAUACCUGAUUGGGAAAAACUAUGACAUUUAUGCCACAGAGCUGCAAUCAGAUAUAAAUUUAAAAUUGUGCUAGUUCUGCUAAAGAAGCUGCAUUGCAAUAUUUUUUCUAACCUAUCCUUCUAUCCUGGAUAAACCAACAAGGAAGAUAGAUAUAACAUUAAAUAUAUCUUUGUCAUUUUCCUUCCUACUUUGAAAAUGUGUGUAAUGCUUAAGUUGCUAUUCGGACCUGAAUCAUAGACUUGUUCCUUGAACACUUCUAUGAAAUAUUAUUUUAACACUUCAGUAUCAGUGAGGUCAUCUAAAAAGAUAAAAAAAAUCAAACUCAACUCCCAAUGACUUCCUGGAAACUCAUCUAUGUUAAUUCCUUGACAAUAAGGCAAAACUAAAUUGCCAUUUCCUUCUUCUGAGGUAAUUAUGUUACCAAAAAUAAAUAGAGCAAUCUUUGGUUGAAUGAGUCAAAAGCUGACAAGCUAACAUGCUAGUCAAAAUAUUCCCACAGGAAUCUAUUUCACUUCCUGUCCAUUCCCUUUUUGUUGUUCAGUAUCACUGUUGUUUAAUAUCAUUCUUGUUAAAGUUGCAAAAGAAUUAAAAAACAACAACAUUGUUGCCAA